AUGUGUAAAGUCAGAAAGUUCCUUGAACAAUAUGAAAUCUGUCUUGGAUCUUCUACAAGAUUCCUUUGUGAACGAAUCAAACAGGAGCAUGGUUUUGACAUCCUCAAAGAUCCAAUCUCUACUUGGUAUAAACCAGACCCAUGGAUUCCUCAAUAUCUCAAGAGAAUAAUUUUCAUGAACAAAUCUUCCAAUAUUAGAUUAUGGCAUUCGAUUGACCAAUGGCAUGGAAAAACUCUCAUCCCUUAUGGAAAAUUCCCUAAAGGUUUAAGACAAUUCCUGCUCUACAAAGAUUGGAACAGAUUAAGUAUGUGGAUUCCUGACCCUAAAAAUUUACAAGUGAAAUUAAACAGUAACAUCAAACAUUCCAAUCAUGUCACCCAGAUUCGCAACAUUCUCAAUAGCAUGGAUUUUGGAAAAAUCAAAGACGAAAGCAAAUACUACAAAUAUAUUGGUAACAAUACAUCCCUAUCAAACCUCUUGAACAAAGCUACACUAAUUGGUACUGAUGGAUCAUGUAACAAUAUUGCUGGAUACGGUAUUGUAACUGAUCAGAACGUUUCCAUCUCAAGUCACACCUUAGGACAAGGAACUUCCUACAACAGUGAGGUUCAAGCGCUCCACACAGUUGUUAGAUUGCUAGAUAACAACACUCCUAGAAUAGUAGUCAUAGAUGCGAAAAGUAUUUAUGAGAAGGCUCAUGAACAACUCGAGGAAUUACUUUCAACUCAACAACAUUCAGAAUUUGAUUCGAAAGGAAAUUGUGCCUUCCUUUUGGUUGUGUGUAAAAUCUUCCUUGGAGAUGAGAAGGGCGUUUUGGAAAUGAUCAACAAUGGUCGCCUCGAAUCAUGCAUGACUCAUUCCAACAAAUUUGCAAAGGAAAAAUUGGAAUUGUUGAAACAUGUGAAAAGUGACCGUACGAAAUUAUUGGUAUCAGUCAUGUUCUACUUCCAAUUAGCGUAUUUGAGAAGAGAUUUGGCCAAUCUUAAACCUCAAUAUUUGAAAACCUUGCAUGAUUUGUUUGUGAAACAUGUGAUGGGUGGAGGAGACAGAAUGAUUGGAGCUUGUCAGAAGAAAAGUCUUCCAAAGUUAACGCAGAUUUAUGUGCUGGUUGUUGUGUCAUUCAUGCUCAAAUGUUGA